AAUUGUUUGAGGAAGAGUAGGUAGGGCAAGAAAUAUGAGGACGGCGCAAGCUACAGGCCCAGAACGCGCGCCUUUUGAUCGACCAGCCAAUGAAAAACAAAUGGGUCGGUAUAAUGGUGCAGUCGCGAACGAGGGGCAUGUCGUCCUCGGCCGAAAAGAAAGCAUACAAAGCAGCCUUGAUCAAGCCCUUGUACAUGCAGCUCGCCACCGCGUUGGUCUUCUCAUGCAUGCGAUAACCCCCUUGCGCAUGCUGAGGCCGGAGACAGUAGAAACACCAUCCGGGCGGGAGCUCGAAACCGUUGUUCUUCCAAUCACGAUAGUUGUAGUCGCCGAAUGAGCAAAUGGGGCCCGCGCAUCGGUCCAAAACAUGCUGGUCCCAGUCGUCGGUCCCCCUAAGGAAGCAGAUGACGCAUCGGCCGGCAGAGAAGUAUCGCAGCGCGGCGUUCACGCGGUCG